AUGGAAGACGGGCCUGCUGUGGCGGUCAUAGGUGCUGGGCUAGCUGGGCUGUCUUUCGCUGCAGCUUGGACGCAGGAUGCUAGAGGAAGCCAAGUUCCCAGCUCCCCACGAAGGUUGGUUGUGUUUGAGCAAUCGACGACUCUGGACCCUGGAGCGCUCCGGUGGUUACCCCUAGCAGACCGGGGAAUGAAGGCAUUACGCACGUUGGCUUGCCCACUGGUUCUGACUCAGAACCAAGAGGCACGAAGUCUGCCUCGAGCAGAACUUCUCAAGUGGCUUGCUGCAAGCUUGCCAGCUGGCGCAAUAAGAUUCGGCAACAAUUUGACAGGUAUGCAUUCUGAUCCUGCUGGACGCAAGAUAUGUUGCACUUUCCAGAGCAGGGAGCGGGGAAAUGCUGAGGUCACGGAGGGACCGUUUGAUGUAAUCGUGGCUGCGGAUGGUCUCCGUUCAGAUGUCAGAAGUUAUUGCCAAGCCAUUUGCCAAGAAGGUGAGGGACGGCUUCAGAAUCUCAUUCUUGGUGGAUCCGUUCUGCUUGUCGGUGAUGCCCGGCGAGUUUUUCGCCAUGAGCGAGAUCUGGGAUUUGGAAGAAUUUUUGGUGGUGGCAACACUGCUUUAGCAGAAGGCGUCCAGCUGGCGGGCUCCCUUCUCAACGCCUCAAGCUGUGCCAGGAAACGGUCUCACCAUGAAGUUUUGGAGGCCUUGCGGGACAGAUCUCUUUGCGCCUACCACGUUGCGACAGUCAUGGGCUGCGAUGGUACUGCAGAAAGCGGCAGCGGCUUUGUGACGAAGAUGAAAGCAUGCGCAUCUUUCCCGUCUCGCAUCAUGGAUUUCCCUCCGGAAGUUCGCGAGCUUGUUCAACAGCUGAAAUCUGCUGGCAUGGAGAUCGAUGAGUCGAACCCGCAGGAGAUUUUGCAGGCUUUGUUCAAAGUACAGCAAAUGGCCGCGGGCAAAAAGAAAGACGAAAUGGUGAAGAAAGAGGAUGCGCUUCCUGGCCGAAGCGAAGCAAUGGAUGUGUCAUCCCACCACUACGUGUUGAAGAAUCCGAUGAAAGGCCCAUGGCCUGCUGGGUAUCAAGUUUGCGUUUUUGCCAAUGGAUGCUUCUGGGGAAGUGAGAAAGGCAUUUGGCGCUUGCCUGGUGGUGGUAUCUACUCUACUGCCGUGGGUUAUGCAGGUGGCUACACUCCAAACCCUUCGUACGAGGAAGCCUGUUCAGGCCGAACUGGACACACCGAAGCAGUGCAGGUGGUCUUCGAUCCAACCAAGAUAAGUCUUGUGGACAUUUUGCGAUGGUUCUGGGAAGCCCAUGACCCCACACAAGGGAUGGGUCAAGGCAACGACCGCGGGACGCAGUAUCGAAGCGCUUUGUACUAUUUUGACGAUGAGCAGAAGCAGCUGUUUGAAUCCAGCAAGACAGCUUACGAAGCUGCCCUGAAAGCCAAUGGGAAAGGCCGUGGUGCGAUCACCACAGAAAUCAAGGCCGCAUCUGAGUUUGAUGGCAAUGUCUUCUUCUAUGCUGAAGACUAUCACCAGCAAUAUUUGGCCAAGCCAGGAGCUCGGCCAUACUGCUCCGCUCAGCCGCAGCAGGUGUCGCUGCCUUCAUUUGAGCAGUGGUGCCCGGCUGCCCUGCAAAAGAAGCAUGCGCCGAAACUGCCAGAGGAGUUUUGGAGUGCGCACGGCCCGAAGCCCCACUGCGUGAUCCGGUCUCCCAACGAGCCAAUCAAGUGGUACCUGACCGGUGCAUCGCAAGGCUUUUCUGCAGACCAGCUCUUCGGAGUUCUGAACUCCAAUUUGCAAAGGGGUGUACAGCUACCCGUUUUCCAGCCAAGCGCGCUGCUGGAGAUGAUGGUCUGCACCGGAAACAGGAGAGGGCGCCUGGUGCUUGCGGCUCUGCUUGGUCAUGAGAUCAAGGAGUCCACCCUGAGCACGGCUGUGCUACACGGUGUGCCAGCAUGUGGAGAUGCUUGGCUCUGUUUGCCCGUAGUCGCUGCCACCCUUGCCAAAGUGAUGGGGGGAGGGCCCGAAUUGGCUACUGACCAGACCGGUCCGAAAUGCAUCGGCAAGCGGGAAUACAUCUGUGAGCAGGUGCAGGCGAGCAAUGAGCCAACUGUAAUGCAGUCCGCCACUUUGGACGAGCAUGGAGAAUGGACAGGGUCGGUGCGACCUGGUGGUGUCUACGUUUUGACAUGCUACCGGGGCUAUCAAGUUGAUGGCGAGUCGCAGGUCAACAUGACUUGCUCCAAGAAUGCUGAGUGGCCGGCCAAGCCUUGGUGUGAGGACAUAGAUGACUGCUCGAAGCUGCUGUAUGGGUGCGGGCCGGCCGGUUUGUGCAACGAUCUCCAAGACGGGGCAGAGUGCAUCUGUGAGCGCGGCGCCGACCGCAGCUUCGCCAGCAAUGGUGAGGUGGUUUGCCACUUUAAGGGCACUACCGACUGUGGUGGCCGGAACUGUGGUUCGCACGGAGUUUGUGUGCAUUUGAAGGAGUACCAGAACACCUUCGACACGGGUAACAGCUCUUUCAGAUGCAGUUGUGAGCGUGGCUACAUGGACGAUGGGGAGAAGUGUGUGGCUGCUGACUGCGGGCCGCUGCAGGAUCCCUUCGGCACAUGGCAUGGCAGCCACGCUUACCUUGGAGAGUACACCCUGGAGUGCAAGGAAGAUGCCUUCGUGUGGGGUGGCACAGAGCAGGCGGCAACCAUCAGCUGCCCAUCCUUUGGGCGCUGGCGCACGGUGCCGAGGUGUCUGAGUCCCUUAGAGGAGCUCCGGGCAGCGGAGCGCGAGCGGAUGUCUUUCAUCUUCCAUGUCUGCGCGUCAAUCGCUUGCAUCAUAUCGGCUGCUUUGGCCGCUGGACUCACCAUGGGCCUUGUUUCCCUCGAGCCCGUGGAGCUGCAAAUCAUUGAGGCGGCUCGCUUAGAUGAUUGCACAACGGAAAAGGAGCGAGAGCGUCUGCAGAAGCAAAAGGAUGCCGCGAAGCGGAUCCUGCCAUUGCUGAAGGACCACCACUUGCUCCUUGUAACCCUGCUUCUCCUCAAUGCCCUUGCAAACGAGGCUCUUCCAAUUUUCCUCGAUGACCUGCUCAGCCCUGUCUUUGCGGUGCUCUUGUCUGUCACUUUCGUACUGAUCUGCGGCGAGAUUCUGCCAUCUGCAGUGUUCACUGGCCCUGCGCAGCUUACCGUGUCCUCAUGGUUCAUCCCUGUGGUCAGAUUCCUGCUCGCUGCCAUGUACUGUAUCGCCAAGCCCAUCGCCAACAUUCUGGACCAGGCCUUGGUCCACGAUCGCGAGGAGCGCUUCUCGCGGCCGGAGGUGCGGUCGGUCCUACGCUUGCAUUCACCAAGCGGUCAUCUAGCUGCACAAGAAGCUUAUCGCGAGCGGGAAGGUAGUGCUGAAGGGAGUCCGGGAGGUCAAAGUUGCCUCAGUGGAUCAAGGAGUGCAGCUGAAAACCGGCUGCUGCCCACAGAGGAUCCAACGGACCCACCCAGCGUGUUGAAUGAUUUGGAGGUUGACUUAUGCAUGGCAGUGCUUCUACUGGGAGAUACCCUCGUGGCUGACAAUCCUGCCUUCUAUACGUUGAAGCUCUGUGCAAGGAGGGUGAUGCCCGUUGACUUCCACAGUCCGGCGAUCGCUGUGGCCGCUGAAGCUGUCUCGUUCAACAAGGACUUCGUCGUUGUUUUCCCCAGCAUUGCCAACGUUGAUUGGCCUGUUGAGGUGAACUGGGAGGAAAUUGUAGGCAUACUGCGCACAUCCGACCUGCUGGCAAGCCAAACUUGUACGCCUGUCGGCUCGCUCUGCAAGCGCAAGCAACGCCCAGCUCGCAUCGAGGCGCACGAGACAGUCGCAGAUGCAUUAGCUCGCAUAGCUGAUGCCUGUGACACGCCGUGCGGUACGGGUGUUAUUCACCGCAACGAUGACUUUUUUGGCAUUUUCGAUGGCGAGGAAGCCUUGUGCGGUGCCCUUGCAGAGCAUGAGGAGGUUCCCGUGCCGUGUACCCCCAGCGACCGCUUGUCGCGUCAAAGACGUGAGGCCGGCCUUGGCAUGAUCCACAGCCGCAGCGACGCAUCGCCGGCAUCUUCCAUCGGAAGCCCAACACGGGAAAUUCCCGAGUCUGCCCAAGUUACCGGUCGCACCCUCCGAGAAGUGGCAUCCAUAGCCCUGGAACCAGUGGAUGAGAAGGAGGCUCGAGAUCGAUUCUACACAGAGCCUCAACCUGACGCGGUGCAAAGUAUCUCGCUCCCGGUCCCCUCACGAUCCACGAGCAACAUGGAGGUGGCCAAAUCUGCUUCCUGUAGCGCUCGAAAUGCCUCUGUGUUCAGAGAGGAGAAUGAGAGCGAAGAUUUCCUUCCUACGGAUCUUACCCUUGAGACAGCCCUCGGCGAGGACCGACUCGAAGAGCCUUCACAAGCUGAAGGCGUUGGGCAAAGCUCGCGGCCCAAACCUGCGCGCUUGUCAACGGAGGUGGAGCUGACUGCGCUCCAGGCGGUGGAGCCGGUGGAGCCGGGUCGGGAGGUCUCGGCUGCCCUCACGGAGACGCAGGGUGAGCCAAUAGAGAAGGACGCUGAUCUGGAAGAGAUCUCUCUGGGAUCGCGGCCCAGUCAGCCUGGCAGUCGUGGCCAAGAAUGA